UCUCGGUUCUAGGUGCACUCACCCCACGUUUCUGUUUUUCUUCUCUUUAAGCUUCUGUUCCACUCUCUCUCUCUCUCUCUCUCUCUCUCUCUGUCAUAAUCUUUUUUCUAUGCAUUUGAGAAGCCAUGGCUCUGUAAAUCUUUGCCAUGUUUUCACCUUUAGGUUCUUUGGGUUAGUCCUUAUUUUCUUCCUUCUUUUAUAAGCUUUUCAUAUUUAAUGUAAACGUUAAUGGAGGUAAAGGGUCACCUAAUCCAAUAGUAACUUCUUUAAAUUCUCACAUUUUGUUAUUUAAAACCCUCACAAAGCUUGAAACUUUGACACCAUUGAUGACCUUCAAAGCUUCAAACUUUAACCCCGUUAUACUCUUUUAACUCCAAAAAUGUCAUCAUUAGAGAUGUCCCACAUCGAUUUAGAGCAAGGGGCUCACCGUCGGAAAGGGAGUGAUGUCAGCGCCGACGAGGCUAGCGUCUGCUUCUCCGACGCCGACGAGGGUUCUUGCUAUUCUCAGUUCUAUUCCACCACCGGCUGUUCCUACGAAUAUUGCGGUUCAGAUGGCGAGAUCGGUGACGUUCCGGGUUCCGGGAGGGUGUCUUCGGCCUCGGAUUGUUCGCUGGUGGUGCAGAUUCAAAGCGGAGCUAAUGAAAUCAAAGUGCAUCUGUCUAAAGUCGAGAAAGAUUGUAGAAUUUGCCAUUUAGGUUUAGAGAGUAACAGCCAUGAAUCCGGUGUUGCUAUUGAAUUGGGUUGUUCUUGCAAGGAUGAUCUUGCUGCUGCUCAUAAACACAGUGCUGAGGCCUGGUUUAAGAUCAGAGGAAAUAAGACUUGUGAGAUUUGUCAUUCUAUCGCUCGCAAUGUAGUUGGAGUGAAUGAGAUCGAGUCGGUGGAGCAACUAAACAAGACCAACAGUUCUGCUGCAACAGUUGCAGUCUCAGGAGCAGUAUCCUAUUCAGACUCCCGAAACUUCUGGCAUGGUCAUCGCUUCCUCAACUUACACCUUGCGUGCAUGGUUUUUGCUUUAGUCAUAUCAUGGCUCUUUCACUUAAACGUGCCAUCGUCGUAAAACUUCCUUCCGCCCGCAGUUGAACACCAUUGAAAAGAAUGAAAAAUAAUCAGAACUACUGUAAAGGAGCCUGGGAAACUUGUUGCUGUGAUGAUGAGUAAUGGAAUCAUAUACACCUCUCUUAUCCUUACGUGUAGAAAGCUUGUUAUAUUAUGCACAUUCAUCUUAGUUAUCAAAGCCCUU